CCUUUCUGGGCAGAGAGAAGCGAUAAUUAUUAUUAACAUUUAUUAACGAUCAAUAACCUUGAUCGCGUAAUGGCCAGCACCAUCAAGGAGGCGCUGUCCGUGGUGAGCGAGGACCAGUCGCUGUUCGAGUGUGCCUACGGCCCGCCGCACCUGCCCAAGGACAUGACCGCGUCCUCCUCCGGCGACUAUGCGCAGACCUCCAAGAUGAGCCCCCGCGUCCCCCAGCAGGACUGGCUGUCUCCGCCCCCCGCCAGGGUCACCAUCAAGAUGGAGUGCACCCCCAGCCAGGUGAACGGCUCGAGGAGCUCCCCCGACGAAUGCAGCGUGGCCAAAGGCGGGAAGCUGGUGGGCAGCCCGGACCCCGUGGGCAUGAACUAUGGCAGCUACAUGGAGGAGAAGCACAUGGCCCCUCCGAACAUGACCACCAGCGAGCGCAGAGUCAUCGUCCCGGCAGACCCUACGCUGUGGAGCACAGAACACGUCCGGCAGUGGCUGGAGUGGGCAGUGAAGGAGUAUGGCCUCCCCGACGUGGACAUCCUGUCGUUCCAGAACAUCGAUGGGAAGGAACUGUGCAAAAUGACCAAAGACGACUUCCAGAGGCUCACCCCGAGCUACAAUGCGGACAUCCUUCUCUCGCACCUCCACUACCUCAGAGAGACUCCUCUUCCACAUUUGACUUCAGAUGAUGUUGACAAAGCCUUACAAAACUCUCCGCGGUUAAUGCAUGCUAGAAACACAGGCGGUGCAGCUUUUAUUUUCCCGAAUACUUCAGUCUAUCCUGAAGCUACGCAAAGAAUUACAACUAGGCCAGAUCUACCUUAUGAACCACCUCGGAGAUCAGCCUGGACGGGCCACCCGACCCCCCCAUCGAAAGCUGCUCAACCAUCUCCUUCCACAGUGCCCAAGACUGAAGACCAGCGUCCUCAGUUAGAUCCUUACCAGAUUCUUGGACCAACCAGUAGCCGCCUUGCAAAUCCAGGGAGCGGACAGAUCCAGCUCUGGCAGUUCCUCCUGGAGCUCCUGUCGGACAGCUCCAACUCCAGCUGCAUCACCUGGGAGGGCACCAACGGGGAGUUCAAGAUGACGGACCCCGACGAGGUGGCGCGGCGCUGGGGAGAGCGCAAGAGCAAGCCCAACAUGAACUAUGACAAGCUGAGCCGCGCCCUGCGCUACUACUACGACAAGAACAUCAUGACCAAGGUCCACGGCAAGCGCUACGCCUACAAGUUCGACUUCCACGGCAUCGCCCAGGCCCUGCAGCCCCACCCCCCCGAGUCGUCCCUGUACAAGUACCCCUCGGACCUGCCGUACGUGGGCUCCUACCACGCGCACCCGCAGAAGAUGAACUUCGUGGCGCCGCACCCGCCCGCCCUGCCCGUGACCUCGUCCAGCUUCUUCGCCGCCCCGAACCCCUACUGGAAUUCCCCCACCGGAGGCAUCUACCCGAACACCAGGCUCCCCGCCGGCCACAUGACGUCCCACCUGGGCUCCUACUACUAAAGGCCCGGAGAGACCUUUCCCAGCAACCCGCGACCACCAGACCGGCCACGAGCUUGUUGGAGACCACGGAGCCGACAAGUGCCUCAGGAGGGGAGCCGGAGCGAGACCGGGGGCUGGGGAGGAAGCCGGGGGUGGUUGGCGGGAGGGGAUUACUAAAGCGUCACUAUCACAGCCGAGGACGCCACAGACGUCCGGGACGUGGACACUGUUCAGUGGACGCUGGAGGGAGGUCGGGAGAUGCCGAGCCCCAGGGACUAGUCCUCGGGUCUGGGCUCCGCUAGCUAACCCGGGACGCAACUAAAGCAAUAGAGAUACCACAGUCUGCACCAAACACACCGUAAUGACGUCAUUUGAAGGAAAACUACCUGUAUUUAAAAGUAGAAACAUAUCAAGACGGAAACGCUGAGCACGCGGCGGUGGCCCCACAGCGGACGCUGGCGUGAACUCGCCGGCUCUCGGGGCCCGGGGGGACACCCAGUUCAGCCCAUGGGCUGGAGAGCCGGCUGCUCUAACUGUGAAGACCACCCAAGGUGUCCAGGUCCUUUGCAGCGUUAUGGCCUCGGAGCCGACAGGGACUGAGCAUGUGACAGAGAGUGAGUGGGUGUAGGCCGAGGGCGGGGGGAGGUGAGCAGGGAGAGGGCGGGAGACAGCCUGGGAGGGCACCUCUCAAGCAGUCAAGACUGGGCCGGGCGGCGCUGGGCCGGUGGCGGGGUCGCAGUCGUGAGGCUGGGGUGGCCGGGUUAGGCCCACCCAGUGCUGAGGAAGGUCAAGGCCUGAGAGAGGGAGGGAGCCGGACGGUCGGAAGCCAAAGCAGGCAUCUCUGGCGUGUGUGUCCAAAGAAAUCUUUAACUGGAAUUGUCUGAUAACUAAAAGGCACGUUCAGGACCUCAUCGUUACGGGGGGGCUGUGUUCUCCACAGCGGCAGGCAAGCGAGCCCCCACCCGGAACCACCUUGGCCCUGGGGUCAGGCGGGCUGCAGUUUUCCUUUGGAGUCGCGAACGCUGUGCGUUUGUCAGAACGAAGUAUACAAGUCAGUGUUUUUUCCCCUUUUUAUAUAAUAAUUAUAUAACUUAUGCAUUUAUACACUACGAGUUGAUCUCGGCCAGCCAAAGAUACACAACAAAAGAGACAAUCAAUGAUACAAUGUGGCCUUGAAUUUUAACUCUGUAUGCUUAAUGUUUACAAUAUGAAGUUAUUAGUUCUUAGAAUGCAGAAUGUAUGUAAUAAAGUAAGCUUGGCCUAGCAUGGCACA